GCCUCGGUACCAUCACCGCUGUCUGUAUGGGCGAUAUGUUCAAUACCGGCGUAUCAGUUUUGCUGGUGGUGUGCGCCGAAGGCGUCGGGUUUGUCUUUGAUCUCUCGGGUGAGCCGCUUGUGAGCCAGGCGACGCCGACGCCGACGCCGUCGUCACCGUCACUGCCAUCGCGGCCAGAGAUGGCUGCCGAGGCUAGCACCAGCGGAGGCGGGAGCGGGAGCGGGCCUGUGGUCAUCACGCCUGUGGCCCAGUUUCCGCUCCUUACCAACGUCCGCUGCCUCUGGGUUGCCGACGUCGAUUGCGACGGGCGGCAAGAGGUGGUUGUCGGCGCUGCUGACCGAUCGGCCACCGUCUUCCGGCUGGAGCGCCUGCUCGGCCCGGCUGACGGCGAGUGGGAGCUUCGGCAAGUGGUGCAGUGGAACGUGAACGGUGAAGUUGGCUCGGUCUCGCACGUCGACUCGCACGGCGGCAUGCCUGCCGUCCUUGUGGGCCAGCCGGGCGGCCGAUUCCUCGCCCUUCCGCUCUCGGCCUGGAGCUCGGCUUCGGAGGUGUACGCACCAAACCAGCCGAGCUCGGCCCAGCGGUCGCGUCUCGAGACACUGAUUGUGGGCCUCUCCCACGCAGACAACAGCUACGUCGGCGUCUGUACCACCGACGGCGCCAUUCGGCUCCACGACCUCUCCGCCGGCGAGCUCCGGUGGGAGAUCCAGGUCUCGCACCGGCUACUCUCGCUCACCGCACUCGACAUGACCGGGUCGGGCGCGGACGACCUUGUGGUAUGCGCGUGGGAUGGCAUGACGUACAUCAUGGACCCCGCCUUUAACGUCGUUCGCUUUGACUGCUCCGAGCGCGUCUGUGCCUUUGCCGCCGGCAAGUUUUCGCUCUCGGCGAAGGGUCCGCCGUCGCUUGUUCUUGUCUACGUCACCUACUCGGACAAGAUCAAGGUCUACUGCGACGUCGCGCUCGACUCGCUCGAGCUACCCGGCACCAACCGCACUCCAAGCGACCGGCUGGCGGUCCUCGAGGCCGCGUUUAGCUCACUGCUCGUGCCGUAG